ACCCAGGAACCAAACCGUACAUGUUAGCUACUGCUUGCUCUCAUUUCCGAAACCCUUCUUGUUUGCUCAUAUAGUUACCAAACAGGAAAUUGUUACCAAAUUCGAAUAACAUCAUAUUUAAACAAUUCUAUUCGGAUUUCGAGAAAGUCGCCGGUCAUGAGCCGGACUCUAGGCCAGAGUGGUCACUUCUACUCUCUUCAGAUGACUCGUCGAAAAACCCGUUCUUCCACGGCGGCUGCGCAUACUUGCCAGAGAAAGAUGAGCUCUAUGUCAUGUCGGAUCUGCUGCAGUCAACUAGCAGCUCAGCAAUGCCGGCAAUUUUGAUAUCGAAGAUAUCUUUCCGCCGUGGCCCUGAUCAGGCUAUCAGUGAGGCCGAAUGGGUGAAGCUGCGGCCGCCCUCGAGUAUGCCCAUGCCGGCCGGCGCGUGUCGUUACCAGAACGGAGUAUUGUACUGUUCCCAGGGUAAUGGCUCCAGCGAUACGGGAGGCCUCUGGUAUAUGCCCUCCGGAAGACCGCCUAUACCUCUUCUGACCAGCUACUUCCACAAGCCUUUCAACUCGAUCCAAAACGUGGUUGAGGAUGCGGAGGGUGGCUUAUGGUUUACGGAUGCGUGUGUCGGCUAUGAGCAAGAGAUUAGGCCCAAGCCGCAGCUCCCGAACCAGGUGUACCGGUACGACCCCAAAACAGGAGACUUGCGUGCCGUCGCGGAUGGCUUUGUACGGCCUAUGGGAAUAGCGCUGAGCGGACCGAGUGACGGAAUAACCAUAUUAUACGUUACCGAUACCGGAGCAGUUCAUCCCAAUGGAACUCAUUAUCCUCUAGGGCAGGCGACUAUCUACGCUUUCGACGUUACGCGGAGAUCCGGUUCACUAUUCGCGAUGAACAAGCGAGUUUUCGCCUACGUCAAAGAAGGCGUACCAACAGCGGUAGUAUGUGAUUCGAAUGGCAAUGUGUUCGCCGCAUGUGGAGAUGGAGUUGAGGUUUGGAGCCCAGGGGGUUCGGCCCUUGGACUAAUCGAAGUACCCGGCGGCUGCACGGGCUUGUGUAUCGGGCAACCCGGGGAGAUCUUCAUUUGCGCUCAACAACGACUUUGGCGAGUUCGAUUAAAAUAUGGGGCAUAGCGAAUAGUAUGUGUAAUUUGACUUGGUGACAACCACUCAAGAUCAUGCCGACUCUGACCCCCAAACAUUCCGAGCAGCCUGAACUGCAUCUGGCGGCGCCCAGCCAUAAUGGAACGUGUUCAGGUAGUCAAAACUCUGACACGGGCCCUGAUCCGUGCAAACAGUUACCGCUCUGAAAAGUCCAUAAUGUCAGUUCACCGUCUUUACAUGUGGUAUUCAAAUAAGCUGAAAGGGGGGCUAUUACUGUUUGAUAAUCACGAUACUCCCAUUAUAGUUGCCAAUUUGAGUCCUUUCGUAUUCAACACACAUGAUACAAUGUGCUUGGUUUCGGUUCC